AUGAGUGGUCCAAAUAAGUCAAAUGAAAUAAUGAUACCGGAGUCUUUAUAUCAAACGUUAUCAAAAUCUGACUUACUUACUAAUGCGAAUUUGGGUUUAAAAACUCAUGGUUAUGUCCAUGGCCAUAUCCAUAGACAUAAGGAUCAUACCCAUAUUCAUGGUCAUAUUCAUAAUCAUGAUCAUGAUCAUCAUUUUGCUGAUGUAGAUAACAAUAAUUCAAUAACUGGUAUCACGGAGGUAUCUGAUAAGAAUAUUACUAACAUCAACAGUGAUAAUGCUCAACUAACUACUGCUUUUCAUGAUUCUUGUAAGGAUUAUGAUAAUAUUGAUUUAUGUAAUGAUAUCUUCUGUGAUGAAUUAGAUGAUUGUUUCUUUUCAACUUGUGAAGAUUCUGUUAAGACUGAUACUUCAAAAUGUGUUGAAUGUGAAAAUUCAACGUGUUGUAAUGAUAGUGAAAUAUCGAGUAGUGAUUGUGAAGAGGUUUGUUGUGAAGAUGAGAACUGUCAAGAUAUCUUGAGUCCAUGUCCAGUGGCAACUACAACCACAUCAACACCAACUGCUUCAACUUCAACUAACAAGACUCCUGCUGUCGACUGUUGUGGUAAUCCAAAUUGUUUGAGUUAUUCUAUUUGUAACCAUUCAAACCAGGCCAAUAAUAACAAUACAUAUCCAAUUAAUACUACUACAAAUGAUGUUUUUGAUUCUUAUAAUUGUUGUUUACCACAACAACAAAACCAUCCUCAUCAUCAAAAUAAUUUAUGUGAAUUACAACUAUCUAAGAAACCUCUUUUUGAAGAUUUGAUUAAUAAUGUUCACAAGAAUUUGACAGAGUAUAGUGAACCAAACUUAAAGAAAAGAAAACCAAAUACUUCAACAAACAAUAAGCAGUUUGAAGUUCAUUUUCCUCAUGAAUGUCAUCUGCAUCCUGAAACUAUCACUAAUUCAAAAGUGAAAUAUGAAUCUGAUCAUCAUCAUUUCCAUCAAUCCUGUUUUCACACAACUAUCCCUAAUGUCGACACGUUUAACUCUACCAAUACUAAUAAUACCAAUGAUAUCAAUGGUAAUGCCGUUAAUGAUCCAGAUCAAUUACUUUCUGAUUUUGAUUUUUAUAUCCAAUUUAAUAAUUUCAAUCAACUUUUGAAUUCAAAACAACCUUCAACAUCUACUUCUACCGUGGAAGAAGUCAUUACUCAUGAUUCUAAUACACCUUCGUUAUCUCAACUAUUAAAUUCAAAUACCACAACUACCAACAACAAUUCAGAUCAAUUUCCAUUAGAAUCAUCACUGUACUCAUGUAAAUGGGAUAAUUGUUUUAAGAAAGUUAAUGAUGAUACCCUUUUAAAACAUAUAAUGGGUCAACAUAUAAGUACAGAAUAUGGAUUGAAUGAUGCCGAUAAGAAUCCGAAUUAUGAAACCAUUAAUCCAAAUUUUCAUUGUGAAUGGAAUGAUUGUACUUAUGCUAAUACAGAUUUGAAUUCAUUAUUAAGUCAUUUAGUAACUCAUAAAAAUGAACAAGAUAAUAGUGGCUUUAAUGGUUAUAAUAGUCAUGUGCCAACUUUACAAAGUCAAAUCUUGACUCCUAACUCAGUGGAUAAAUCAGUUGAUUCAUCUCCACGUUCACCAGAGAUGAAGAUUAAGACUGAAGAAUAUGAGAAAAUAUCAGCUAAUGAGUUACAAAUUACAUCCAUGAAGAUCUUACCAAAGAGGAGAAAUCAUUCAUCAGAUAGUGCAGUAGAUCCAACCCAUACUUGUAAAUGGCAAAUUGGAGUAGAUAGUAAUGGUAUACCUAUUCCAUGUAACAAAUGUCAUGAUUCAGAAGGAGAUUUACAAGAUCAUUUAAUCAAUGUUCAUAUUGGAUCAGGUAAGUCUAUUUAUACAUGUAAUUGGAUCGAUUGUGAAAGACAUAAUGGUAAGAUUUUCACUCAAAGACAGAAAUUAUUAAGACAUAUCCAUAUCCAUACUAAUCAUAAGCCAUGCGAAUGUAAGGUUUGUGGAGCUUGUUUUGCAGUCGAAACAAUGUUAAAACAACAUUUACGUACUCAUAGUGGAGAAAAGCCAUUCACUUGUUCAAUUUGUAAUAAGAAAUUCGCCACUAGUUCUUCAUUAUCGAUUCAUAAUCGUGUUCAUACAGGUGAAAAACCAUUAAUAUGUAAAUGGCCAGGAUGUAAUAAACGAUUUAGUGAAAGUUCAAAUUUAACCAAACAUAUGAAAAUUCAUUUAAAGAGUUUUAAAUGUGAUAUUUGUGGGGAAGAAUUCGAUAAAAAGCCUGAUUUUACCAAACAUUAUAAAUCUCACAAGGUUGAUGGAUCAGAUGAUCCAAUUUUACCCAUGAAUCUUAAAGUUGAAAACAUAUUAGGUGUGUAG